AUGUGUUACUAUGGUGGAUACUAUGGAGGCCUGGGCUAUGGCUAUGGUGGCCUAGGCUAUGGCUAUGGCUAUGGCUGUGGCUAUGGUGGCUAUGGUGGCUAUGGCUAUGGCUGCUGCCGCCCACUGUGCUGUAGAAGGUUCUGGUCCUUUGGCUUCUACUGA